GUUGCUAUGGAAACCACCCGGAUGCCCCCACGGCCUGCUGGGAGUGCGGCUAAGCAGUGAGCAUGCUCGAGGGGGACGGAGAGAGGGAGGCGAGAGAGAGAGAGAGAGAGAGAGAGAGAGAGAGAGAGACUGGCAUCAGAUGCAGGCGGGCAGCCUUGAGUGGGCAUUCAUGGGGAGCUGGGGGGCGCCAAAGGCGAAGGUGGCCCUAGAGAGCAUCCUGUGAAGCAGAUUCUCUCCCCCCCAAUGCUUUCUUCUUGGGAGGGGGUCCCCCGUGCCAGCUUGCAGGCUGCCAAACUCCCGCCCAGCGAUGCCCGAACGAGCUUUUCACUCUCCCUCUGGAGCAGAAGACCCAGCAUCAGCUGCCACCCCCCCACCUGUCACUGCCAGCCCCGCAGGUCCCAGCUGAAGCCCUGGCAGGGCCCACCCCCUUCGGCCAACUGCCAGGCGCUGGGCUGGAGGACCCCGAGGGCAGGACCCCUCCUCUGCCCCCCCUUGAGAUGCCUGGGGACAGCGAGGAGACCACCCGCCUUCGCAAGCCUCGUUUCUCCUAUGAGGAGAACCACAUCCUGAUCCAGGAAGUGCGCGCCAACUACGGCAAGCUCUACGGCAGCCAGAGCCGGCGGGUGACGGUGGCCGAGCGCCGGCGCGUCUGGGAGGGCAUCGCUGGCAAGAUCAACGGCAUCACCAGCUGGAAGCGCACCGGCCAGGAGGUGCAGAAGCGCUGGAAUGACUUCAAGAGGCGCACCAAGGAGAAGCUGGCCAGGGUGCCCCACUCCACCCAAGGGGUGGGCAGCGCCGGCGACGAGGCCUUCUCGGCCGAAGAAGAGACGCUGUUCGCCAUCCUGGGGCCUGGCCUGAGGCCAGGGCCAGGAGGGGCAGAGUCUGGGGUCUUGCAGGGCACGUCCGGCUGCAGGGCUCCCAGUUACCAACCGGCAGCGGAGCAGGGCACGGCCCCUACAGAUCUGCCCACCAGGCUCAACGGCCCCGGCAGCCCAGAGACCUCUGCCCAGCCUUCCUGCUUGCUGAAACCCAAGGAACGCGACUCGCCGCCGCCCCCUCCAGGCCAACCUUCGUCACUGCAGAUUGUCCAGCUGGCUCCGUCUCCGUCCUGCUUAGGCUGCCGGCCGCAUCCCGAACCCUCCCCGGCAGAGUUGUUGGGUACCACUCCCUGCCCUUCGACUUCGCCCCCCCUGCGGCGCCGACGUGCCCAGCUGGACCUGCCUGCCGAGCCCCCUCUGGAUUUCCUCCAGGCUCAGAGGGAGACGGCUGUAGCCAUCCGGGAGCUGACCUACACCCUGCGGCAAGGCCUGGAACGGCUCACGGAUGUGGUGGCGGCACUGCUGCCCCUCCUUCCAGCCCUGCCCAACGGUCUGCUGCCCCCACAGGGGGAAUACGGUCUCCCCACGGCAGCCCCGGGCACAGAGACUGCCUCUCCUCGGGAGGGCAUGCCUGCCAAGUCGGAGUUGUCUCCCGGGCAGGAAGAGGACGGGGCUGACUGGGGGCCAUCUCCAAACAGGGUCCCUCCAGCACCGAAGCGGAGGACGGGGACCCCGACUCGGAAACGCAGAGGACGCUGGAAGAAUUUGUGAGCACCAGGACAGAUGUGCUCCCCCCCCACUGUCCAAAAAGGAAAGGCAGACGGGGGCUGCUUCCCUGGAAUGGGUGCUUCCAUCUUGCCCUGUGUCUUCCCACAAGGAGGGUGAAGCCCCUCUGCACUGCCCCCUCUUCCGACGCCAGGGGCCAUGGCGUCCGUGCCAGGGGCCACACUCCAGGCCAGUCCCCAAGGUCACCUCUGCUGAUUUUUCUGGUCCAAGCGUUAAGUGCAAAACUUUAUUCCACGCCCGGUGGGCUGCCACGUGUCACUGCCACCUUCUCCAUUUAUGGAUGUCAGUCUUUGAUUCCAAAGGGAAGGUUUGCUGGGAAAGAUCCAGAAAAAAAAAAAAAAAAA